AUGCAGUCCAUGGGGGAGUGGAGGGUGGGAGGAGCCAGAGGGAAUACAGGAGUAGGAGGAGCCAGAGAGAAGACAGGAGUAGGAGGAGCCAGAGGGAAGCUGGGAGUAGGAGGAGCCAGAGGGAAGACAGGAGUAGAAGGAGCUAGAAGGAAGCCAGGAGUAGAAGGAGCCAGAAGGAAGCCAGGAGUAGGAGGAGCCAGAGGGAAGCCAGGAGUAGAAGGAGCUAGAAGGAAGCCAGGAGUAGGAGGACCCAGAGGGAAGCCAGGAGUAGAAGGAGCUAGAAGGAAGCCAGGAGUAGGAGGAGCCAGAGGGAAGCCAGGAGUAGGAGGAGCCAGAGGGAAGCCAGGAGUAGGAGGAGCCAGAGGGAAGCCAGGAGUAGGAGGAGUCAGAGGGAAGCCAGGAGUAGGAGGAGCCAGAGGGAAGCCAGGAGUAGGAGGAGCCAGAGGGAACCCAGGAGUAGGAGGAGCCAGAGGGAACCCAGGAGUAGGAGGAGCCAGAGGGAAGCCAGGAGUAGAAGGAGCCAGAGGGAAGCCAGGAGUAGAAGGAGCUAGAAGGAAGCCAGGAGUAGGAGGACCCAUAGGAAAGCCAGGAGUAGGACGAGUCAGAGGGAAGCCAGGAGUAGAAGGAGCCAGAAGGAAGCCAGGAGUAGGAGAAGCCAGCGGGAAGACAGGAGUAGGAGGAGCCAGAGGGAAGCCAGGAGUAGGAGGGGCCAGAGGGAAGCCAGGAGUAGGAGGAGCCAGAGGGAAGACAGGAGUAGGAGGGGCCAGAGGGUCGACAGGUCAAGGUGGAGACGAUGGGUCGACAGGUCAAGGUGGAGACGAUGAGUCGACAGGUCGAGGUGGAGACGAUGGGUCGACAGGUCGAGGUGGAGACGACGGGUCGACAGGUCGAGUUGAAGACGACGGGUCGACAGGUCGAGGUGGAGACGAUGGGUCGACAGGUCGAGGUGAAGACGACGGGUCGACAGGUCGAGGUGGAGCGAUGGGUCGACAGGUCGAGGUGGAGACGAUGGGAGGUGGAGACGACGGGUCGACAGGUCGAGGUGGAGACGAUGGGUCGACAGGUCGAGGUGGAGACGAUGGGUCGACAGGUCGAGGUGGAGACGAUGACUCGACAGGUCUAGGUGGAGACGAUGGGUCGACAGGUCGAGGUGGAGACGACGGGUCGACAGGUCGAGGUGGAGACGAUGACUCGACAGGUCGAGGUGGAGACGAUGGGUCGACAGGUCGAGGUGGAGACGACGGGUCGACAGGUCGAGGUGGAGCGAUGGGUCGACAGGUCGAGGUGGAGACGAUGGGACGACAGGUCGAGGUGGAGACGACGGGUCGACAGGUCGAGGUGGAGACGACGGGUGGAGACGAUGGGUCGACAGGUCGAGGUGGAGACGACGGGUCGACAGGUCGAGGUGGAGACGAUGACUCGACAGGUCAAGGUGGAGACGAUGGGUCGACAGGUCGAGGUGGAGACGACGGGUCGACAGGUCGAGGUGGAGCGAUGGGUCGACAGGUCGAGGUGGAGACGAUGGGACGACAGGUCGAGGUGGAGACGACGGGUCGACAGGUCGAGGUGGAGACGACGGGUCGACAGGUCGAGGUGGAGACGAUGGGUCGACAGGUCGAGGUGGAGACGACGGGUCGACAGGUCGAGGUGAAGACGACGGGUCGACAGGUCGAGGGAGACGAUGACUCGACAGGUCGAGGUGGAGACGACGGGUCGACAGGUCGAGGUGGAGACGAUGACUCGACAGGUCAAGGUGGAGACGACGGGUCGACAGGUCGAGGUGGAGACGAUGGGUCGACAGGUCGAGGUGGAGCGAUGGGUCGACAGGUCGAGGUGGAGACGACGGGUCGACAGGUCGAGGUGGAGACGACGGGUCGACAGGUCGAGGUGGAGACGACGGGUCGACAGGUCGAGGUGGAGACGACGGGUCGACAGGUCGAGGUGGAGACGACGGGUCGACAGGUCGAGGUGGAGACGACGGGUCGACAGGUCGAGGUGGAGACGACGGGUCGACAGGUCGAGGUGGAGACGACGGGUCGACAGGUCGAGGUGGAGACGAUGGGUCGACAGGUCGAGGUGGAGACGAUGGGUCGACAGGUCAAGGUGGAGACGAUGACUCGACAGGUCAAGGUGGAGACGAUGGGUCGACAGGUCGAGGGAGACGAUGACUCGACAGGUCGAGGUGGAGACGAUGGGUCGACAGGUCAAGGUGGAGACGAUGACUCGACAGGUCGAGGUGGAGACGAUGGGUCGACAGGUCGAGGUGGAGACGACGGGUCGACAGGUCGAGGUGGAGCGACGGGUCGACAGGUCGAGGUGGAGACGACGGGUCGACAGGUCGAGGUGGAGACGACGGGUCGACAGGUCGAGGUGGAGACGACGGGUCGACAGGUCGAGGUGGAGACGAUGGGUCGACAGGUCGAGGUGGAGACGAUGGGUCGACAGGUCGAGGUGGAGACGAUGGGUCGACAGGUCGAGGUGGAGACGAUGACUCGACAGGUCAAGGUGGAGACGAUGGGUCGACAGGUCGAGGGAGACGAUGACUCGACAGGUCGAGGUGGAGACGAUGGGUCGACAGGUCAAGGUGGAGACGAUGACUCGACAGGUCAAGGUGGAGACGACGGGUCGACAGGUCGAGGUGGAGACGACGGGUCGACAGGUCGAGGUGGAGACGAUGACUCGACAGGUCGAGGUGGAGACGACGGGUCGACAGGUCGAGGUGGAGCGACGGGUCGACAGGUCGAGGUGGAGACGACGGGUCGACAGGUCGAGGUGGAGACGACGGGUCGACAGGUCGAGGUGGAGACGAUGGGUCGACAGGUCGAGGUGGAGACGAUGGGUCAAGGUGGAGACGACGGGUCGACAGGUCAAGGUGGAGACGAUGGGUCGACAGGUCGAGGUGGAGACGACGGGUCGACAGGUCGAGGUGAAGACGACGGGUCGACAGGUCGAGGGAGACGAUGA